AUAGCUAACAUUUACAAAAUAAGAAUGGAGCACUGUUGAAAUACCUGGCCGUAUGAUUAUGGUCUCACACCCACAUUGAGUUGUAUUUUGCACAAGGCAGCGGCGUUCUUCCAUGUUUCACUUCCUGGCCAUAGCGACUUCCUUUGGAGUUUAGUCUUCAAAAUGGUGAACGUUCCGAAGCAGCGGAAAACCUUCUGCAAAAAAUGCAAGAAGCACAAGCCUCACAAGGUAACCCAGUACAAGAAGUCUAAGGAAAGGACAGCUUCCCAGGGUAGAAGACGUUAUGACCGCAAACAACAGGGUUAUGGUGGUCAGACCAAACCCAUCUUCAGAAAGAAGGCUAAGACUACCAAGAAGAUUGUACUGAGAAUGGAAUGUUCCGACUGCAAGUUCAGGAAGCAGAUUCCCCUCAAGCGCUGCAAGCACUUCGAACUUGGUGGUGACAGGAAGAGGAAGGGUCAGAUGAUCCAGUUCUAGGCGCUAAACCUUUGUAUCAUCUUUCCGUUAUUAAAUAAGUGAAAAUCCAA